AUGGAUACAAACAAAAACAGCCCCAAGAACGGCGGCUGUCUGCCACAGGAGGAGCCAGCCCUGCAAGACAGACACCUUCUGGAAGACGACCGCCUGUGCCCAUCAGACGACGAGGACAACCUCAGCCCACCGCAAUGGCCCGCGAGGUCCUGGACCUCCACCCAUGGCUGUGACAAGGUGCCCAACUGCCCCACUGGGGCCGUGCCCGAGGAGGCCCAAUGGGAACGAGAGCCAGUCUCCCGCGCUGCCACCGAGGAGCAACUGUGGAGAGCAGCCACUUGCCGUGCCUGGAGGAGCAGCCCCCGCCCCGAGGAGCAGCCCGGGAUGCAGCCCCCCGCGCCCCUGGCCCUGCUGGACACGACAGAAGGGUUUGCAAGAAGAAAGAAGACUUCCCUCUGGUUUGUGGCGUCUCUGCUGGUGGUGUCCAUCUUCAUCCUGACCGUCGGCCUUGCCGCCACCACCAGGACGGAGAACGUGACCGUGGGGGGCUACUACCCAGGAAUCAUCCUGGGCUUCGGAUCUUUCUUGGGAAUUAUUGGCAUCAACCUGGUGGAGAACAGAAGGCAAAUGCUGGUGGCAGCCAUCGUGUUCAUCAGCUUCGGCGUGGUGGCGGCCUUCUGCUGCGCCACCGUGGACGGCGUCUUUGCCGCUCGGCACAUAGAACCGAGGCCCCUCUCCACGGGGAGAUGCCAGUUCUACUCCAGCGGGCUGGGAUACCUGCACGACAUCUACCAGACAGAGGUCACCUGCCACUCCCUGAACAGCAAGUGCCAGCUGAAGGUGAGGAGCCACACCUGCUACUGCUGCGACCUCUACGACUGCCGGGGCUCCGAGCACCCUCCCACCUACUACGAGUUCGUGGGCGUGAGCGGCUGUCAGGACGUGCUCCACCUGUACCGGCUGCUCUGGGCCUCGGCGGUGCUGAACGUCCUGGGCCUGUUCCUGGGCAUUGUCACAGCAGCUGUCCUAGGGGCCUUCAAGGACAUGGUCCCCCUGCCCCAGGUGGUCACCGGCCCGUCCGCUCCGCCUGAGAUCCUCUAUGGCCCGGCCCAGCAGAUCCUGGCCUACGCCGGCUUCUGCCCGGCGCCCGGCACCCUCCCCGCCUGCUCGUCCUACGCGCUGCCUCUCCAGCCGUCCAGCAGCUUUCCAGCCUCGCCUCCCACUGACCCCUCUCUGUCGGAGGAUGCGCAGCCUCUGCCCGCGUCCAGCUCCAGCUGUGGGCUUCCCGCCAAUGCCCCGCCUCUCUACGCACUAGCCCGCUUCCUCCCAGGGGAGAAGCCGCCCCCCUACACACCCUGACACAGAGGGAGGAGAUCGAAAAGUAAUUUUCUUUUGGUUUGUUGGAAAACAGAGCAGCCUCUGCAAACCCUGCUUCAGUGGCCAACCUCCUGGAGACAUCAGGAGAACGUUCCAGAAUCGGCACCUCCUUCCCUCCCUGGGCACAUCCUCGGCAAGGAGAGCCCAGGACUAGGGUGGGGACAGAGC